AUGGAGCGAAAGGUAGAUGAGAAGACAAUCAUGGGCUCAACCAAGUCAUUUCCGUAUUUUGGAGCGACCGACAUAAUCGUGGAGCUCGAUCCCAUUUAUGAAGAUUCACUCUUGGAACAUUAUGGAGAAGCUCUUACAAAGAGUCUUUUGUAUUUUGAAGCUCAACGCUCAGGAGCAUUGCCAUCGAACCAAAGGGUUAACUGGAGAGGAGAUUCUGCACUUAGAGACGGUUCUGAUGCUCACAUUGAUCUCACCGGAGGCUAUUACGAUGCCGGAGACAAUAUGAAGUUUGGAUUUCCUCUCGCUUUCACGACGACGAUGCUAGCUUGGAGCAAUGUAGAAAUGGCAUCGCAGCUUAAGGCCCACGGGGAGGCCGAAAACGCCCUCGCGGCUCUCAAAUGGGCGACCGACUAUCUCAUUAAAGCCCAUCCAGAGCCCAAUGUCCUGUACGGACAAGUGGGUGAUGGUAACUCGGACCAUGCGUGCUGGAUGAGACCUGAGGAUAUGACCACUCCUCGUCCUUCAUACCGCAUCGAUGCUCAGCAUCCAGGUGCUGACUUGGCCGGAGAGACAGCUGCAGCUAUGGCUGCAGCUUCUCUAGCAUUUGCGCCGUCUGAUGCAGCCUAUGCUCAAACACUCAUUGAUCACGCGAAAGAUCUAUUUGAAUUCGGCAAGGAUCACCCUGGAGUCUAUCAUAACUCCAUUCCUAAUGCGGCUGGCUUUUAUCCGAGUAGUGGUCACGAAGAUGAGUUGCUGUGGGCGGCGGCUUGGCUUCACCGGGCCACUGGAGACCAGACUUAUCUCGAUUAUCUAACACAAGCUUCUAAUACUGGAGGAUCCAGGACUGUUUUCGCCUGGGACGAUAAGUUUUUAGGUGCACAAGUCUUGGCAGCCAAGCUUGUGUUUGAAGGGAAAGUGAAGAACGAAGGGAAGAUGGCAGAGCACAAAAGCAUGGCGGAGCAGUUCAUCUGCAAUUGUGCUCAAAAGGGUUAUAAUAACGUUAAGAAGACUCCGGGAGGUUUGCUUUGGUUCUUGCCAUGGGACAACCUUCAAUACACAGCUAGUGCUUCUUUCGUCUUGUCCACUUAUAGUAAAUACCUUAAAGCUGCACAAGCCUCCGUCCAGUGCCCUAAUGGUGUCCUUCAAGCUUCUGAUCUUCUCGACCUCGCUCGGGCUCAGGUCGACUACAUACUUGGGUCAAACCCCAAAAACAUGAGCUACAUGGUUGGAUUCGGGACUAAUUAUCCUAAUCGACCGCACCAUAGAGGAGCCUCUAUAGUGUCAAUCAAGAAAGAUCCUAAACCGAUUAUAUGCAAUGAAGGGUUUGCUUGGUACAGCAAUCCUGAACCGAACCCUAAUGUUUUGGUUGGAGCAAUUGUAGGUGGACCCGACGACAACGAUGCGUACCAAGAUGAACGGUCUGAUUUUCAGCACGCCGAGCCCGACACGGCCACGGUUGCUCCUUUGGUCGAUUAUGGAGAUGCUCUGACAAAGACUCUUUUGUAUUUCGAAGCCCAACGCUCUGGAAAACUCCCAUCGAACCAAAGGGUUAGCUGGAGAGGAGAUUCUGCACUUAGAGACGGUUCUGAUGUUCACCUUGAUCUCACUGGAGGGUACUAUGAUUCGGGAGACAACAUGAAGUUUGGAUUUCCAUUAGCUUUCACGGCGACAAUGCUAGCUUGGAGCAGCGUAGAGAUGUCAUCGCAACUUAAGGCCCAUCAUGAGUACGAUCACGCCCUUGCGGCUCUAAAAUGGGUCACUGACUAUCUCAUCAAAGCCCAUCCAGAGCCCAAUGUUCUUUACGGACAAGUGGGUGACGGAAACUCGGACCACGCGUGCUGGAUGAGACCCGAGGACAUGACCACCCCGCGUCCUUCGUACCGCAUCGAUGCUCAGCAUCCAGGUGCUGACCUGGCGGGCGAGACAGCUGCCGCCAUGGCUGCAGCUUCUUUAGCCUUUGCGCCAACUGAUGCAGCCUACGCAAAAACACUCAUAGGUCACGCAAAAGAUCUAUUUGAGUUCGCCAAGGCUCACCCUGGCGUGUACCAAAGCUCCAUUUCGAACGCGGGUGGCUUCUACGCGAGCAGCGGAUACGAAGAUGAGUUGUUGUGGGCUGCGGCUUGGCUCCACCGUGCCACCAACGACCAGACUUAUCUCGAUUAUGUAACAAAAGCAUCUAAUACCGGAGGUUCCAGGACUGUUUUCGCGUGGGACGAUAAGUUUGUGGGUGUACAAGUCUUGAUGGCUAAGCUUGCGCUUGAAGGGAAAGUGAAGAACGAUGGGAAGAUCGCAGAGUACAAGAGUAUGGCGGAGAGCUUCAUCUGCAAUUGCGCUCAAAAGGGUUCCAAUAAUGUUAAGAAAACUCCUGGAGGUUUGCUCUGGUUCUUGCCAUGGAACAACCUCCAAUACACCGUAUCCGCUUCCUUCGUCCUCUCUGCAUAUUCUAAGUAUCUUAACGACACAAAUGCCUCCAUCAAGUGUCCCAAUGGCGCUCUUGAAGCUUCUGAUCUUGUCAACCUCGCUCGUGCUCAGGUAGACUAUAUACUUGGGUCGAACCCGAAGAGAAUGAGCUACAUGGUUGGAUUCGGGACCAAUUAUCCCACAAGACCACACCAUAGAGGAGCCUCCAUAGUGUCAAUCAAGAAGAGCAACGCCCUCGUGGAGUGCUCUCAAGGGUUCAGCGAGUGGUUUCACAAUCCUGCACCAAAUCCAAACGUAAUAGUCGGAGGAGUCGUGGGAGGACCUGACGAGAAUGAUGCUUAUGGAGAUGACAGGACUGAUUACCAGAAAGCUGAGCCUGCGCCCGUCACUGUUGCUCCGCUUGUUGGUCUCUUGGCCGCCAUUGCUUAA